AUGGACACUUUGGUUUCGCCUGUCGCUAAGCUAGCCACGGAAGCCGGAAAGGCACCCGAGGGAACAGCGGACAAGUCUCUUCUCUCAAUCAAGCCGCCCAGUCCCGCCGAAGAACUCAUCAAGGAGAACAGCAGCCUACACCAACGCAUUGCGGCUUUACAACGAACCGAAUCUGACCUGCUCAAUGAAAACCAAGAACUCGUUCGCAAGCUGGCCUCUGCUCAGAAGUGUUAUAACAGUCAGCAGCUGUGGUGGACCAAUGAGAUGGACCCUAACCGGGUCCGGUUUGGCCUCCACCGGUUACAACUGCGGGAGCUUUGUGAGGGCGUCAAACAUUUUGUUCGGCUCACAAACAAGGACGAGCUUCCGAACGAGUUGCUGAAGCUCCCGGGCAGUGACAAGAUCUCGAUAGCCCGAGUUCUCUUGCACGGCAUGCUGGCAAACUUCGUUAUCUCGGAAGCGUUCAAGUCUCCGUUUUGGGUGUUUGAUGCCAUUGCUGUCAACGCUUACGAGUUAGAGAGCCCGACUGUUCCGCGACUCGACUCCAUGUCGCCGGUCGGGUUUCGGAUGGACCUAACCGCGUGGAAGAAUUUCAAUGUUGCGCCACCGCGCGAUGUCAAACCUCCUCGGCCUAACCCUGUUCCUAACGACCGCCUAGCUGGACCGCAAGAUGGGCGUCAGCUUCCCCGACUAGUCACCUUAAUACAACCGCCCAAUCUUUCUACGAACCCUGCGAUGAGUUUGCUUGGUCGAGAGCUACCGUCGCGGCAGGCAAUAUUAGAGAGCCUCUACCAGAUCUUAUCAGAGGGCGGUGGUUACGCGACUGAAUGGCGUGCCUCUUUGAUCAAGGCAUUCUGCGUGGGUGGCAUGAGUUCCGAGCUCGAUAGUACUUCCCUGGCAAGCGAGUCUCGCGCCUUGGCCGAAGCCAGGUUCAGGCACGCUGGAAGGCUCAAGGACAGCUUUCUGAGAGGUACUGCCCGGUUCCUUCUCCGAGAUCAGGAAGCGGCGGGCAUCGAGGAGCUCGAGAGCCGUCUUAUGCAAGAGAUCGAUGCUGCGCUGCGGUUCUCAUGUCAACUCUGGUGUCGCCAGGACACCCUUCGGGUGUGCGGUCUCGACGAGCUUGCGGAAACGGCGCUCAAAGCCGCUAGCGACCAUAUGCGGUUGUAUCAAGUCCAGGCGCCACUCCAUAUCGAGCCUGCCGGUAAUACGCUCGAAUCCCAGACCGAACCCCGUGGAUCCCAUGACGGCCAUUCCGUGAUCAUGGUUAUUCAACCCUCGGUCGGCGCAAGCGCAAACACCAAAGCCGGCAAGCCAAGCAAGGACUUCAAAGGCGACACCAAGCCCGCGCUUCCGUCAACGCCAUCGUCGGCACACCUAGUCCUCUUGCCGCGCAUCCGGUACCGCCCGAGGAUGCUCAAGAGACGGCAUUAA